GCAGUUCACAUAAACAAUUUUCUGAGGAAAUUUUCUUCACUUCAUAUCCGGUGUCGAUUUCAUUGGUGAUACUUCCCGGCAAUUUGCAAUCGACCAAUAACGGAUCUGCCCUUCUCGGAACAGCCAAUAGAAACGCGUUGACGUUAGCAUUGAUACAGGUACGGCCAAUGUAAUAUCCGGCGCGCUACGAGACGGUAUCAUGCGCGAAAAGCCCGGGAACUCGGACCGGGGCGCGGGACGACACCUGCGCAGCAUCCGAACAGACGUCGCUACAAGAUCACAUCUCAACGAAAGUAAUGAUUAUUUUCGGUCCGCGGGCGGCUUAGUUCCGCAUACGUCCGCCGCGGCGCUGGCCACGACGAGUUCAGCCCAAAAUACUCACCUCGCUAUGUCCAACUCAAAAACUCAUUAUAACAUACGAAAAAAAGUGUAAUAUAUAGAAUUAAUUAUAUUAAAUCGAACAUCAAAUCGUGCUCAACGUUUUAAUCUACGAACAGUGUUAAUGGACGUGUUUAAGUGUGAGCUGUGAUCUAUUUCCGAUAAGUUGAUUCGUCCAUGACUGCGCUUUUCCAGGGAUAAACGGGUGGGCGCUCUUUAGGAAAGCGCGGCCGUUUUGUUAACAGUUGGCCGCGUCUGCCGCAAAAUGUUUACGGAUUUACACAACGAAUUUGACGGGUGGUCGCUAAAAGGACUACUCUGGACAAAACGCAGAGACAGCUACGCGAUAAUUUCUAAUCGUGCGACGUAAAGCCAGAACUGAUGAAGUUCGUUUGUAGGUUCGUUAACUGGGAAAAUGCACGCCUCACCAGCCCCCAACGCCGCGAGGGGUGCGAAAACAUUUUAAAACGCAAUCAACACUAAUGGCGACACGUAAACUAAUAAUAUUUCUUGCGAUCGUCGCGUUGGCUGCCGGCGAACAUGAGAACGAAACAGAAAACAAAGCAGAGGAAGCCAUGGAGGCGGAAAAGGACCAAAAACUGAGGUCCGCGUCGCCGGCCAGAUCACAGGGCUCAUUCCACAAGCUGACCGCCCUGAUGAAUAAUACGGAGGAAAGACGCCAGUCGCGUCGGAAGAACAAGGAUAAUCUCAACAAGAUCCUGCAGAUGAACAGACGACACGAUGACAUGCUGAAUGACAACGAAGGUAUACCUAUUAACCAGAGGACCGCACCUGACAACGACACAACACUCACGGACAAGAUCAAGAUCCUGCGUCCGCUCGUGCCGAUGUAUGAGCCGGAAAGCAAAUACAAUCACGUCUCGCAAGCUAGCGGGGUUUUUUGUAAUUUCGAAACAUCAAACGCGUCCAUGGACUUAUGUACGUGGCAGUGGAACUCCACGGUUUCGAGACACGGUCUGGGAUUCAGUGUGAUCACUCCGGACGAUCUGGUGAACGUUAAUAGUACAACUAAGGGUAUGAGGUUCUCCGGGCCUUCGGAAGACGCUGAUCGGAACCCCAAAGGGCAUUUUCUCUACCUGGCCGUGGAUCCCACUAUGGAGAAUAUGGUGGUGAAAUCGCCACCAUUUCGAGGUUUAUGGGAGUUUUGUAAGUUCGAAGCUCUGCUGCACCAGAGAAUGAUGCAGAACGCCAGCAUCAGACUGAUAUCAGAGUCUACCAUAUCUGAAGUGCAAUGGAUCCUACAGGAGGUUGCCGGGAACAAUGCCGAGAACUGGUACCCGAUGCGCUUCAUGAUCGGAAAGGUCCAGCAAGAGGUCAGGAUCAUCAUCGAGAUAACCCGGCCGAACUACGUGAGUCUGGCGCAGCCCCUCCCGCACAUCGCCAUAGACAACAUCAGGAUGAUCGACUGCGUCCCGGAGCCACCAGUCUACAAUGGCGAAUGCAACCCUGGACAACUCAAGUGCACGAUAAUGAACAGGGAGUCGUGUAUCAAGCUGCACCAAGUCUGCGAUCUGGUGAAGGACUGUGACGACGGCAACGACGAGCAGAAGAACUGCGAUAAAAUGCCGUAUGGAUCUUAUUGUAACUUCGAACAGGACAGUUGCGGAUUUGUCGACGUGCCUCAGCCGAUUCUGAAAUGGUCCCGCCAUAGGGGACCGACUCCGACGGACAAAACCGGCCCCAACUACGACCACACUUGCGGCCCCCCAACCCAACCCAACCUCAACCCAACAAAGAAAGUUCCUCCCCUGACCCCCCCCUUCCAUAUGCACUGCGCCGGGUACUAUUUCUUUGUGAACAUGAACGUUACCGGCCCCAAUAAAGAGAAAGCCGAUUUCGCAUCGACCGCCGUUAUGAAGACCGUCAUUUUUAACCCGCCUCCGAAGGUCCAUGGGGAUGUCGCGUCCAAGUAUUACAACUGCUGCAUGGUAAGUAACGCCCAAAAGGUUCUCGAGUGGCGACCGCAGCCGGAAGACGUAGGAUGGGUCUCCCACGAGAUGGGCAGACUACUUGAUGCAAGCANCCCCAAUAAAGAGAAAGCCGAUUUCGCAUCGACCGCCGUUAUGAAGACCGUCAUUUUUAACCCGCCUCCGAAGGUCCAUGGGGAUGUCGCGUCCAAGUAUUACAACUGCUGCAUGGUAAGGUUUUACUACCAGCAAAACGGACGUAACUAUGGCUCUUUAAGCGUGGACGUGGUAGAGCUGACAGCCAGAGGGAACAUCAGCACUUCAGUUUGGUUCUCCACUAAGGACAAAGGCGAGAACUGGUACAGAGCUUCCAUCUUCCUUCCUAACGUAACUAGGAGAUAUUACCUCCAGUUCAAGACCCGUAUGGGGAUGCGUAUCUAUUCGGAUUCCGCCAUCGACGACUUCUCGAUGUCACCGGAGUGCUUCGGUCUGAACGUGGACCCGGAGGAACUGGGAGACUACAACUAUUACGAUCCGGUUUUUGAUGAGAAGACCACGCCGCAUAAAGAUUUCGCCGGUCGGGUCUAUUACAGGUUCACGCCGUGCGGCGCGUCCGGUCGGUACGGACCCAACCAGACCAUGUGCGACGCGGCCUACAACAACACUCCGGUCGAUGUUAAUGUCCUCCACACCCAUCCGUACGCCGGCGUCCAGGUCUGGGAGGUUCCCGAGGAGGGGCUAUACACGAUAAUAGCCACAGGUGCGAGUGGGGGUCUGGGCUCGGCCUGGGCGGGCGUGUCUCAUGGGGCGCAGGCCCGGGCCCUCCUCGAGUUGCACAGGAGUGAGCUGGUCUACAUGUUAAUCGGACAGCAAGGCAUCAACGCCUGCAAAAAGACCUUAUCGGCCCAGGAGAGUCAAGAAUGUUCCAGAAAGCCCUCGAACGAGAGCCUCCAAGUGUUCACGAGUAAGACACACGAGGUCAGGAAUACUCACGUCAUAGACGGAGGAGGGGGAGGGGGCGGAGGAACUUUCGUGUUUCUGAUGGACAAAGAGGGCCGCCCGUUCCCACUGGUCGUGGCCGGAGGAGGCGGAGGUAUAUCCGUGGGCAUCUUCCGCGACGACGGCUCCCAGCACGGGAAACCCCACACGAAUUCCACUCCUGAAUCUGGGUACAUGUACGGCCAGCCAGACAAGACCUCAGGAGCGGGUGGCGGGUGGGUGGGCAGGUCGGGGCCCAUCACGCCGGGGUCCGAGCGAGUGCGGGGCGCGGCGCUGAGGGAGGGGGCGGUGGGCGGAGGGGCGUGCGUGGGGCGCGCUGCGGGGGGCUUCGGGGGCGGAGGAGGCGGAUGUCUCAAGGGAGGCGCCGGCGGGGGGUACAUGGGUGGCAACACUAACGAGGGCGAGCACGGCGGAGGGGGCUGGUCCUACAUAGACGGCAGCCGCGCCCUCCGCGUGUACAGUGACGUCAGCGUGGCGCCGCGUACCGGGCCGGGCGAGGUGCUCAUCAUCCCCGCCAUACACGAUUGCGGCUGCGACUACCGGUGCGUGGCCCUCAACGAGUUCAGGAGCGAGGUGCGGUGCUACUGCCCCUCAUCCUGGGUCUUCAACCCCAUAGACCCCGGGAAGUGUGUCUAUCCGAACACUUGGUUCACAGUGGAAGGAGAAUGGAGCACAUUCACGUGGACCAUUGUGGCGUCUUCUAUAGGGUGUGUGGUGCUGGGGGCUCUGGUGUCCCUCUCCUUGGUGCUAUACAAUCGCUACCAAAAGAAGAGGGAAGCGAGACAGGCACAGAAGCGGAUCAUGGAACAAGAGGUCCAACUGCACAGACUCAGGAACGCUCCGGGAGGAAACGACAACGCGCUGGCAAUGGCUUUCAACCCUCACUACGGGAGCGAAAGCUUCCUACCUCAAGGGAUCGAUGUGAGAGGACUCCCGCAAGUCUCGAGGGAAAGCUUAAAGCUUGUCAAAGCAUUAGGCCAGGGCGCCUUCGGCGAAGUCUACCAGGGCCUGUACCGGCACCGCUCGGCCGACGCCGCGGAGAUGCCGGUCGCGGUCAAGACCCUUCCCGAGCUGUCCACCGGCCAGGCCGAGUCCGACUUCCUGAUGGAGGCCGCCAUCAUGGCCAAGUUCAACCACGCCAACAUAGUCCACCUCAUCGGCGUUUGCUUCGAUCGACACCCGAGGUUCAUUGUGCUAGAAUUGCUGGCCGGCGGCGAUCUGAAGAACUUCCUCCGCGAGAGUCGCCCCAAGCCGGAGCGGGCCAGCGCCCUCACCAUGAAGGACCUGCUUCUCUGCUCGGUGGACGUCUGCAAGGGAUGCCGGUACUUGGAAACGAAGAGAUUCAUACACAGGGACAUAGCGGCGAGGAACUGUCUGCUGACGUCCCGGGGCCCGGGCCGCGUGGUCAAGAUAGCGGACUUCGGCAUGGCGCGAGACAUAUACCGCGCCGACUACUACAAGAAGGGCGGGAAGGCCAUGCUGCCCAUCAAGUGGAUGCCGCCCGAAGCUUACAUCGACGGAGUCUUCACCACUAAGACGGAUGUCUGGUCAUUCGGCGUGCUGCUAUGGGAGGUAUUUUCGUUAGGCGUGAUGCCGUACACCGGAUGCGCCAACCGGGAGGUCAUGGAGCUGGUCUCUGGUGGAGGAAGACUGGAGAAACCGUACGGUUGUCCCCCGGAGAUAUACCGCAUGAUGUGCGGCUGCUGGAACCCGACACCAAGCGACAGGCCGUCCUUCGCUACGAUGACGGAAAUGCUGCAAAGGUUCAUACAGGACCCGACCAUAGUGAGCGCGCCGCUGCCCGUCGUGCGCUCGCUGUUACCGCCCUCGCACACGCACCCCAUCUCCAACGGACACCAGCCAUCGGCGGCGUGCGACUACCUCGUCCCGAUGUCGCCGCAGGACGCCACGCAACAUCCGGAUAGUACAAUGGAUCAGCUGGGAGUUCAUAGCAGACCGCAAACGGCGACACGCAACAAGGAGGAAGAAGAGGACUUACAAUAUCUACCUCUGCUGAGAGCAUCACAAGAAUAUGGCAACAUUCCAAUAAGCGCGGAGCCGAGCGUAAGGCACGUAGACGUCGUUGUUUCCGCCGAAACAAGGAACACCAACAAGUUUCUGCCGUCUAACUCUACUGACAGGCUAUUGAGUUCAGUGGAAGAAGCUCAUAUCGAUGAUGAAUCGUUGUCGGAAGUGGACGAAAAGCCCGUCGUGUGGGAGACCUCAUUCACAGAGAUACCGCCCGUGCUGCCGAAGCCACAACGUGACGAAGGACCCGCGGUGGAAAAACUGAUAAGCAUAACACCCACAACGCCAAAGCCGCCUGAAAAUGCUUUAACGAAAGCAAUCGACGCCACAGUCAUCGACAAAACCAACCACAAGAACGCUCUCGUACCGGACAGGAAGACGGCUCCAAUAGCGUCGCCGGACCCGCCGCGCAUUAACGCUUGGAGCCAGGACCCUCCUAAAUUAAACCCUAAACCGAAGCCCCUGUGUCUGGACGCAGCCAAGCUGGAACAAAACCUGAACGCCCUGAAGAAAAACAGCGGGUCAGUGAACUUGAACACCAUGAACAUACUCCCUCCGUACAUCAACGUCGUCACUCCGAAUAAGCUAAGCGAAUCAAAGACCAUACAGAUAGAUCCAAAGAAAGCUGUCAUAGACGAUAGCGUGACCUCUAAGACUAAGUUGAAGCAGUCUAACUCGGCGGCCAGUCUGCUAAACGGGCCAAUGACGGACGUGCCAUACGUCGACAGCGACAACACCUCAUCAUCGAGCAGUAACAACGCGAAGAACGGAAGGAACUUAAUUAAAAAACAGGGUAGUGAUGCUGAGGUAGCCGAUUCCGAGAUAAGUUGCUGAAAAGGCGUGUCGUCGUUUGAAAGACAUUAAAAAA